GGACUUUCAUCACAGCCUCUCUUCAAUGAUAUUGCUGCAGGAAUCCCCUCAAUUACUGCAUACAACAAGAAUGGGCUGAAGAUUGACUUCACCUUUGAGAGGUCAAAUACCAACCCUAGCGUCACUGUAAUCACGAUACAGGCCUCCAACAGCACAGAGCUGGAUAUGACAGAUUUUGUUUUCCAAGCUGCAGUACCAAAGACAUUCCAGCUGCAGCUCCUGUCUCCCAGCAGCAGUGUCAUCCCUGCAUUUAACUCGGGGACCAUCACACAGGUCAUUAAAGUCCUGAAUCCACAAAAGCAACAACUACGUAUGCGGAUCAAGUUGACAUAUAAUCACAAGGGCUCAGCAAUGCAGGAUCUAGCAGAAGUCAACAACUUCCCCCCUCAGUCUUGGCAAUGAGGCUCUGGCACCAUUCUUAUUCUCACCCCACCCAAUCAAAAGAACUCUGGGAAGAAGGUUGUGAUCCUUGGCAAUCCCCCAAACUGCACCAUGGGCAUGGGGAACAGAUGAGACCUGCUGAUGAGGAGGAAUUUUCCUGAAGUGAUUGCUGACUUUGAAGCAUAUCUGUUAAGACUAAUCUCCUCUCCUCCGCUGAUGAGGCUGGUGGCUUGUGGAGGCUACUGUGCACUCCCUCACACAUGCAUUCACAGCCAGAAGCAACAUUCC